AUGCCGGUUGCAUUGGUUUUGUUGUUAUUCAUUAUCUACAACUUCUCUGACCAAAUUCUUGCUCAUCGGGAAAGAAGACAAGCCAAAUCGAGGGAAACUGCUUCAAGGACAGCUAGAGAAGCUGUUCAAGCUCGUGAAAGGUGGAAAGCAGCAAAAAAUCUUGCAAUCAAGCAUGCAGUUGAAAUUCAAGGUCAGAUAUCUCAUACAUUUUCAUUGAAAAGAUCCAAAAAACAACAAGAACCACAGAAAGUUCUUGGUCUUUCUAGGUGGUCAUCUGAUGCAUCAAUACCAGAGAUUGAGGAACCAAGUAUACUUAGUAAUAUGUCACAUUCAUCUGAAAAGAUCUCUGGUAGUUCAGAAAGUGUCCAUUCAAAUACUGGAGACAAGAAACCCAAAAAGAAUGCAAUGAAAGACAAACAUAUGCAUACUCGUACCCAAAUCUUUAAGUAUGCCUACAGUGAAAUUGAAAAAGAGAAAGCGCUGCAGCAGGAAAUAAAGUUGACCUUUUCAGGAGUAAUUUCUAUGGCCAGAAAGAAUGAAAUCAGAACAAGACCUCUCGUAGAGAUUAGUUUCGAGGACCUAACUUUAGUUCUUAAAAGGAACAAGAAGCAACUUCUGAAGAAUGUGACAGGGAAACUUAUUCCUGGCCAUGUAACUGCAAUCAUGGGCCCUUCCGGUGCAGGUAAAACCACCUUUCUUUCUGCUUUGGCUGGAAGGACAGCUGGAUGUCAGAUGAGUGGCUUAGUUCUUAUAAAUGGAAAGGUUGAACCUAUACAUGCACAUAGGAAAAUCAUUGGUUUUGUGCCGCAAGAUGAUAUUGUUCAUGGAAACUUGACAGUGGAGGAAAAUCUUUGGUUCAGUGCUAAGUGUAGACUUUCCACAGGUAUGUCAAAAGCUGAUAAGGUUUUAAUUGUUGAAAGAACUAUAGACUCCUUGGGGUUGCAAGCAGUACGGAAUUCCUUAGUUGGGACAGUAGAGAAGCGUGGAAUUUCUGGUGGGCAGAGAAAGCGAGUAAAUGUUGGGCUUGAGAUGGUCAUGGAACCAUCUCUUUUGAUGCUGGAUGAACCAACAUCAGGUUUGGAUAGUUCUUCAUCUCUGCUGCUACUUAGAGCCCUUCGUCGUGAGGCAGUUCAAGGAGUAAACAUCUGCAUGGUUGUUCACCAGCCCAGCUAUACUUUGUUCAACAUGUUCGACGACUUGAUACUUUUGGCCAAAGGUGGUUUAAUUGCAUAUCAAGGCCCAGUGAAGAAAGUUGAAGAAUACUUUGCAGGCCUAGAGAUUAUGGUCCCUGAGCGUGUCAACCCUCCAGACUACUUCAUUGACAUUUUAGAGGGUAUAGUGAAGCCAAGCACAUCAGUAGGUGUUAAAUCCAACCAGCUCCCGCUUAUAUGGAUGUUGCAUAAUGGGUAUAAUGUACCCCCUGAUAUGCACAAUGAACUCGAUUCUGUUAACGCAUCAGUUGAAAGUAGAACAUGCUCUGCUAGUGUUGGUUCAGAUGAGGAUUCUGGUGCUGCAAAUGUUUGGAGAGAUUUAAAAGGUGGCUUCGAAGAAAAGCGAGAUUACUUAGAGCAUAAUGUUUCAAAAUCAAAAGGUUUAGCAAACCGAAUAACUCCUGGUAAAUUUAAACAAUACAAAUACUAUCUUGGGAGGGUCUCCAAACAGCGCCUGCGUGAAGCUACAACACAAGCUGUUGAUUAUUUGAUCCUUGGUCUUGCUGGAGUCUGUUUAGGAAUAAUCACUAAAGCGAAUGAUACAAAUUUGGGGGCAGCUGGUUAUACAUACACUGUUAUUGCUGUUUGUUAUUUAGCAUAA